AUGAGCAGAAAAAACUCACUUGAAAAAAUUUCACAAUUAGCUCAUUCAGCCAGAAAUCAAGGCAAAGGUCUGAAUAUCAUUGAUUUCAUAAAAAAACAAAACUUUCAAGAUGGGGCUCCUUCUACUAUUUUAUUUUCAGAUGAACUAAAUAAAUUAAAAUCAUGUGAGAUGUGUUUAAAAUUAUAAAAUGAACUUGACAAUCAUGUUAAAUUAGAUAGAUUUCAAUAAGUUAUUGAAAAACUAUGCAAAAAGUUAAGGAUCAUUGAAGAUGAAAAUUAAAAAGUACUAAUAAAAAUUUAGAACCUUGAAAGAGCUCUAAAUGAAUAAUUAGAACUAUUUUAAGCAUUUAAUAAAUAAGAAACUAACAAAUUUGGAUCGAAUUAACCAUAAUCUUAGCACAGAUACAGUACAUUAGAUCAAGAAUAACUUCAUAGAUUAGAAAAAAAAGUUUCAAAAGAUGCACAAAAAGGAAUUAAAAGCAGUGAAGAAAAUCUUAUAAAAAAUUUCAAUAAAGAAAUUUAAGCUAAAUUGAACUUUGUUCAAGAAUAUUAAUUAGAAACUAAUCUUAAGUUUACAAAUAUCUUUCAAUAAAUAGAUAUGUUAAAUAACAAAUUAGAAACACCCAAGUAAAAUGUUGUAGAAAAAACUAAUUAUAUAGAAUCAACUCUAAAAGAAAAUAAUAAAAUCCUAAAUAUUCAUAAAAUUAACAUUUUAGAAAUGUAAAACCAGGUAAUUUAUAUAAUUUAACUCAGUAUAGUGAUAUAGAUUCCGAUAUGAUCAAAAUAUUUCAACAUAUUAAAACUUUAUUAUAAACUAAUUAUAAAGUAGAUAAGAUGGAGAAAUCAUUAAAUAAUUUGUAGUACCAAUUAACUCUAAUUACUGAUACUCUAAAUGAUAUUGGUGAUAUAAUUUCUAAAUCAUGA